ACAGCCGUGGCUGUGGGCUGUGUCAAUGUCGCAUGGACUUACUAGGAGAAUGUUCAGUAAUAUCACUACUUGGCUUUCAUUUUCUGUUUCUCCCUCUGAUAUUCCUGGUCAAUGAUAAAUAAUAUCAUCUGACUGACGUCUGACUUUCAAAUUUGCUGCGGGCAUCAGCUUUUGGAUUGUGAGACUCGAUUUUACGGCGUGUUUCCGAGUUAAAUACACACCAUCACACGUGAAACCCUUUCAAUAUGGACGAAGAAUGGGAUGCUGAUGGGUUUGAACCCAAGGAAGUGAAAGUCGCUAGUAAAUGGGACGAUGAAGAUGCUGACGAUGAUGUUAAGGAUAACUGGGAAGACGACGAAGAGGAAGAAAAAAAGGAUACAGAAAAGCAAGAAGAGAAAUCUUCAAUCGCACCUGCCCCUGCUAAGAAAAACAAGAAGACCUUGACAAAGAAAAUUGAAGAAAAGGAGAGAUCUGCCCAACUUGCCAUGGAGGCCAAGAAACCCUUGACCGCUGAAGAAAAACUGGCCGAGAAGAAGAGGCAGCAGAAAUUACAAGAGGCGGCAGAUUUACAAGCAGCGAUUGAGACAUUUGGAAUCAAUGAAACUGGUGGAACUGGAAUUGAUGCUAUGCUCCCUAGCUCUAAAGAAGACUAUGAUGAAUUUGAAAAAGCGCUUGUGAAGAAAAUCAUCCCAUUCUCAAGCUCGCAGCACUAUCCAUUGUUUGUUGAAGACCUUGUCAGGGACAUUUGUGCAAAUAUGAAUUCCAAUGACAUGAAGAAAUUGAAAAACACCAUUGAAAAUCUUGUCCUUGAGAAGACGAAAAUUGAGAAGGGAGACAAGAAGAAAAAAGGCGCUGCCAAAUCAAAAGCAAAACUCCGCGUUGAGGGCGAUUCUGCUGCGCUUGAAUAUGGGGCUUACGAUGCUGACGAGUUUGAGGACUUUAUUUAGACCGUUUCAGUGCAUAACAAAGACUUCCACUACAGUGGCUCCCUGGAGUCGCUAUUUGUCAAUGGGAUUUUCAGUUGAGACAGAUUAAUUUUAUUUGCUCACGUGUUAAAAUCUAUCUACUUUGGUGCAAGAGAAGCAUGUCACAGAGAUCACAGAUACAAUAUUAAGUUACGAUUUCAAA